AUGAGAAUACUUCUGGCUUUUCCUUGUAAACGGCAUCCACAAAUUGGCAAUUAUUGUUCUAUUGACUUAAGCAGCAAAAAUUGUCGCAUUCUUUUGGUUGUUUUUGAAGGUCCAGGGCACGAGCCUGUUAAAGACAUUCAGAAUUUUGUUGUGCCUAAACAAGUUAUGACUGGAACUGGGGAGCAGCUUUUUAAUUUUAUUAUCAAUUCGCUUAAAAAGGUUUUGCGCGAUGCCAAAGUUGAAGAUCAAACAUUUCACAUUGGCUUCGUUUUCUCAUUUCCUUGCGAAUUAACAUCUAUUCGUGAAGCUCGUCUCCUUUGGUGGACAAAAGGUUAUAAUAUCCCAGACUGUUUGCAAAAGGAUAUGGUUACUCUUUUGGAUGAUGCUUUGGAGUUGAGUAUGACUGUUAAGGGCAGAGUCAAAGCCAUUAUGAAUGACACUGUUGGACAGCUUGCAGCAUCACAUGCAAAAUAUGGAGAUGAAUGCAUUGCUGCUUGUGUUAUUGGAUAUGGUUGCAAUUCUGCAUAUUUAGAGGAUGUUAAGAAUAUUAAAAAGUUUGAUCCGGAAGAGUUUAACUACAGACAUGAGAAAAUGGUUGUAGUGGCUGAAUGGGAAGAAUUUUGA